UUAACAUUCGACUGAGACGGUCGCGACCCGGAUGCACAACCGACCCUUCAUAAUGACCAUGCUUCUUUGAAGCACGGUGCGCACCAUCGCAAACACCAUGUUCGUCCCCAGUGUGCGGCGCUGUGCGCCUGGCUUCUGGCGUAAUACAACGUCAGAGUUGAAGCGGGCAACCAAGUUUGCUCUCAACCUGGAAGGACUUCAUCUACCUCUCACGCCCUAUCCUAUCUUCGAUUUCGCAGAUCCAGAGACCACCAGCACCUUGAAGACCAUGACAGACCAGUCAGUCGGUGGAUUCUCAACAGCCGAACUCACGCAAAAGCCUGCAGACGCCUCGUCAAACACUCCAGCGCACAUCCUCUUUCGUGGCAACAUCUCCACCAAACUUCCUGCGAACAGACCUGAUAUCAACCGGACGGGCUAUGCGGCAUGGAGGAAUCAAGAUCGAGGAAGAACACUAUGGGGCGAACUGAUGUGGAACGUGGAUACCUACAUGUAUCUGGCCCUACGGGUGAAGAGCGAUGGAAGAAAAUACUUUGUCAAUGUACAAACAGACUCGAUCGUGGAGUCAGACAUACACCAACACAGAUUGUAUACGAAACACCACAAAGGAGCGGAAGGAACGGAUGACCCGGGACAGUGGGAGACCGUUUGGAUAAAACUACACGAAUUCGUGCGAACAAACCACGGCGUUGUCACGGAGCCGCAAUCCGAGAUGCUACGGCAAAAAGUGAAGAGCUUCGGCAUUGGGCUGAUCGACAGACAACCUGGUCCGUUUGAGUUGGGAAUCGCGGCGAUGUGGGCUACGAACUUGAACGAGCGUGGUCAGGUUGACGGACGGACUGGUUGGGAAGAUGGCGACCAGGGAAGUGCAAGGCUAGGCGAGGUCACGGCGGAAAAGCUAGCACAAAAGGAAGAAGAGAAGAGAAACAUGCCGGUGGAGAAGAAGAGCUUCCGCGAAAGAGUGCCACACUUUGGUAAAGUUGGAACGCAGGACAGAUCAGGAAUGAGAUGAACAAGUACGUGACGAACUGUGGAAUUAGGAGGAAAAGCUUGUGCUUCUAAAGC